AUGCGUGCGACUGAUCCGGGACAAGCGAUUGCUGCUCUAUGUUUGCAUCCAGACGAUUUCGCUGUCCGUAUGGCUCGGGAUGGUGUCGGCGGAGCCUAUACCGGCGGUACUCAAGUGGUCAAAGUAUGUGGCAUAACAAGCUCUGAAGACGCACUCGUGGCCUGUCAAGCAGGAGCCAAUUUGAUUGGGGUCAUUUUUGCCCCAAAGUCGGCGCGUAAAGUCACCCCUGAGCAAGCAAAGGCAGUUGUGCAGGCAGUCCGGAACUUUGGAGAGCGCCACCAGGAUCACACCUUCAAACCUCCGAACGACGAGUCUCCGCUACCUCAUUUGGUAUCUUGUUCACGACAGUUGGCGGAGGCUUCAAGACGACCGCUUGUGGUUGGUGUUUUUCAAAACCAAGAUUCCUCGUUCGUGCGGGAAAUGGUUGAUUCGUGUGGGUUGGAUCUAGUCCAGCUUCAUGGACAAGAAGGCUUCGCAGCAGCCAAAGUUGAAAGUUGUGGAGUUCCCGCGAUUCGAGUGGUGGACAUUGUCGUGGACUCCGAAUCUGGUAGAGCAGCAGAGAAUGCUGUAGAAACAAUUCUGGAAUCCAUUACAAGCGAUCCGAUUGCUAUUUUACUCGACACAGCCAUCAAGGGUCAAAAAGAAGGGGGAGGAACCUCCCGAUCGUUUGAUUGGACCAUUGCAGAAAAAGUGCAAGCCGCUGGUUUACCGGUCAUAAUUGCCGGAGGGCUGUCACCAGAGAAUGUCAAGGACGCAGUUGCUGGAACGCGACCGUUCGGUGUGGAUGUAAGUUCCGGUACAGAAGCGAGCCCUGGUCGCAAGGAUCACCAAAAAGUUAGAGAUUUCGUACAAAAUGCGAAGCAAGCGGCCGUGGAAGCAAACAAAGGAUUUUAA